CCGCACAAACGAAUGCUUUCAAUGCAGUGUUUUUUCUGAAACUAAUGUUUGUUCGUUGAUUAAAGUCGUGUGUGAAUCUUAAUUUGUAUUUAUUUAUAACAAAUAUUUGCAAUGUCCAUUUUUAAUGCGCAACAGUUUUUAGGUGCAUUGUAUAAACGUUAUAUAAUUUCACUGCCAUCAAUAAAUUUAUCUAGAACUCAAAAAAUUUUUAUUAUUUGUCUUACGGGAGGAUCAUUACUAUUGGGAGGAUUAGCACAAUUUUUAAAAAGACGAAGAAGACAUCCUCUACCUUCUUCAAGAAGACCUUUAAGAGAAUUAAAACAAAGAUACACUGCUGCAAAAAGUUCUAAUUUUGAUGCAUUAUCACAAGCAUCAUGGGCAAGAAAAAGUGAGGCUAGUAGCAGAAGUCAUAUAAGUGAUCGAGUAUCACUUAUAUCUUCUGUUCCAGGAGGUCCAGAUGGUGAUGUAAGACUUACUCCACAACAAUAUGGAGUUCUUGGAUUGGAGGCUCUGGAAAAAGCUCUCUAUUGCUGGGAGGAUGCUCUUACAGCGUUCAGCUCUUCACUCAAUAAUGGUACGCUCGCAUUACCGUCUAAGGCGGAUGCAGCAUUUACGCACGAUGUGCAAGAACUUCUCGACAUGGGUUAUCAAAUCCAAAACCAUGCAGAACUCUUAUUUAUCGACCAGCAUUCAGUAUUGUUCCGAAAUGAAGAUGAGGAAAGUAUAGAUAGUCAUAAACCUUCGAAUAUAGGUAGCCGAAUAUCCGGGAAGGAUAAAGCAGAUGCAGCAUCUUCUCCAGAAUCUUUCGAAUCUGCACGUGAUGGAGUAGCAGAUUUGCGGGAAUUUGAAGAAUUCUCUGAAUUUUUUCCACAUUUUGAAAAGCAAAAACUGUAUCAUGCUGCUCUUAAACAACACGAAGAUAAAGGUAUUCCAUGCAGACGAUUACAUACAGAACUGGUAAAAUGCGGUUCAGACGUAGAAUAUUUAGCAAAAGUACAUUGCUUACGACAAGCAUAUACGAAAUUAUUUACUGUAUCUUCUGCUGCAGAGUGGAUUGCAGAUAUAGGCCGACAAGUUAUUAGUGAUUUGAUCAUGUAUGCAGACAGGGAUCCUAAGGAUUAUUUAAUACACUAUGAACGAAUGUUAGAAUUCUUACAAGAACAAAACAAUCGUAUUAUUAUGGAGGAGGAGCUAACUAACAGAGGUGUAAAAUGUAUAAAUUUCUACGAUGUUUUGAUUGAUUUUAUUUUAUUAGAUGCCUUUGAAGAAGUUGAAAAACCACCAUCAUCAAUUAAAGCUAUUUUACAAAAUAGAUGGAUAUCUGCUAGUUUUCGCGAAACUGCAAUUGGAACUGCAGUUUGGUCAGUGCUUGUUGGUAAAAGACAAAUGUUAAAAUAUGAUAAAGGAUUUCUAGCCCAUUUUUAUUCAAUUUCUGAACAAAUUUCUCCAGUACUUGUGUGGGGUUUCUUAGGUCCAGAAGGAAGUUUACGUUCUACUUGUCAUUAUUUCAGAGAUCAAGUAAUAGAAUUCCUUAUAGAUAUAUUUAAUUUCUUUAAAGUAAGAUAUACUACUGUUGAUAAUCUCGCUGAAGAUAUACUCAAGGAAAUGAAAAUAAGAGUUGAAAAUAUAAAUCAAAGACUUUCUUUAGAAGGCUGCUAAUUGAAUAUAAAAAAGACACACUAUAUAGAUUAUAUACUUGAAGACCAAUAAAGAUUCAUUUCACAACGUUAGUUGAUAAACCGGGUAUAAUCACGAUAAAACG